AUGUUCAGACAAACUAAAAGAAGAACAGCAGGUCGCAGAAACUUUGAAGAAGUUGCCGCCUACGCAGAGUCAUCACGGUCCGUCUACCCAUCACGUUUAUCGUUCUACGAUCUUCCUCCACUUGAGGAAAUCACCUUGGAGGAAUUUGAGUCUUGGGCCAUCGACCGUCUUAAGAUCUUGAUCGAGAUCGAGUCGUGUUUGGCGCGGUCCAAGUCGUUGAAAGAGAUUGAGGCCGUGGUAAAGCCUCUUUUGCUCAAGUUUUUGCCCUUGACACCUUCCACUACCUCAGGUUCCGAUGACCAAGUAAUUGCAGAGCGUCGAAAGGACUACUACUCGCAUUACACGUUGAGACUCGUAUUCUGUCGGACAGAGGAACUCAGAAAGAAAUUCGUCAAGAACGAAACUACCUUGUUCAAGAUCAGAUACAACAUGCUCCAACCUAAAGAGCAGCACGAAUUUGUCAAGCUUAACUCAGGGAAAUUGUCGUGGGAGUACAUCUCCAACGAGGAGAAAUUGGAAAAGCUCGAGAGUCUUCUUGCAGCCUCAGGACCUACCAUCAAGACAGUCUUUACCAUUGAGAACGCGGGCGACGCCAACUUUAAUAUCACCCAGGAACAAUUGAGACAACAUAUCCGUUCCAAAGAAAGCUUUAUCAAGUUGCCUUUCGAGAAGGUGCCCAGCUUGGUUUCACUGAGACAAGUGUACUUGGAACGAGGAUACGCGUUUAUUCCUUCCACUUUGCAAGUGAGUUUGCUCUCAAUGGUAUUUUCUGAACUGUUGACUCUAGCGCUCUUGAGGACGUUCCAGGCGCUCCCCAGAUUGGAAGAGGAUGACAGAUUGUUACCUUUGCUCAACAACUUGUCUCGCAACUUCGCCAGUAUUCAGUACGACAGUUUUGGAGAAAACGGAGCAAAUUCAGAUAUUACUGCUGACACAAUCACUACCUCCAACAUUACCAAACACUUCCCUCUAUGCGCCACGCACUUGCAAAAGAAUUUGAUUUUGAGUUCGCAUUUGAAAUAUGGUGGCAGACAGCAACUAGGUCUUUUCCUCAAAGGCAUUGGGCUCAAUGUGGAUGAAGCAUUAAAAUUCUGGUCCUACCAGUUUACAAAGUCGUCCAAGAUGAACAUGGACUCGUUCAACAAAGAAUACAAGUAUAACGUGAGGCACGUCUAUGGAUUGGAGGGUGGCCGUAUCAACUACAAACCUUGGGACUGUAACACGAUCUUGCUGAAACCAAAGCCUCAGAAAGGUGAGUACCACGGAUGUCCAUACCGUGACUUAUCUGUGGAUGCCUUGGUGAACAAUUUGAAUGAGAUGGGUGUUGUCGACCAGCACGAUAUCAACGGCAUAGUGGAAGACGUCAACAAGCAUGACUACACGGUGGCAUGUACGAGGGUAUUUGAACUAACCCACAAGCAACAGAUGGAUCGGGCAUCCAAACCAGAGAACCUCCACAUCACACAUCCCAACUUGUACUUUGAUCGGUCACGUCAAUUGGAGAAAGGCGACAAGGCUACAGCGGUCAACUAA